AUGCUGCAAGGUGUUCUGCUGUAUGAGACUUUGGCAUGGGAAGUGAGAAUGCCAUCAGAAAUUCAUGGCCUCAAAGGUUCCUGUCUGGUUAUACCGUGCUCUUACUCUUACACUUCAAACCCACCAACUAACCCACGUAGAGUUGUGUGGUAUCAGUAUGUGUUGAGUGGCUACCCUUUAGUUUGUGAUCCCUGGUAUCCAGACAGUGUUAUUGACAAGUUCAGAGGAAAAACUGAUAUAUAUAACCCUAAAAACUCAGAUCGGGAUUGUAGUCUGCUGAUCAAAAGCGUGGAUCCAUCUCACAAUGGAGAAAAAAUAUAUACAUGGAUUGACCCAGAAAAUGUUGGAAGGCACACCUACAAGUUUAUUGACGUCACCUCCACGAUUAUUGUUGACACAAAUCCACAGCAGCCCAUCAUUAAUAUUUCUGGAGGUUUAAAGAUCGGUGACAGCAUUACAGUAGCGUGUUACACCUUACACACCUGUCCAUACAGCAAACCAAACAUCACUCUGAAGGGUAUUGACGGAUCUGAUAAAUUAGAUGAUGUUGAUGUCAAAAAUGGUCAAUGGAAAACCACUCGGACACGCACCGGUGUUGUGAAGGGUGAACACUUAGAUAUUGAGUGUACUGUAACACAUCAUGGAGGCAUAACAACAAGAGCUACAAAAUCACAAAGUGCAAAAUGUGUCCAUUAUAAUAUAACCAUUGAGCCUAAACUGGCAGCAGAUAUCAUAGAGGGUGUUGAAAAGAACUUCACUUGUACCGUCCACCAUUCCUGCCAGACGAAUCCUCCGAUCCUCUCCUGGAACUAUGAGAACAUGCCGGUCAAAAAUGGAAAGAAACAACUUACAGGGUUUGAAUUGGCCACCUUUUCCACCAUAACCUUUUUGGGGGCAAAGAAAGAUGAUGGGAAGAAAUUAAUCUGCACUGCAAAUAUUUCUGGACAGAAAAUCACAGCAUCUGUCGACUUACAUGUACAACAUUCUUUUACAGAAACUCCAAAACCAGUGACUCCAGUCCAGAAUAAAUAUUAUUUUACAGAGCCUCCAAAACCAGUGACUACAGUCCAGAAUAAAUCUGUUUCCCAGAAUGAAACAGAUGUAAUGACCUUUGACAUGAAGACAACUGGGCUUUACAUUCUAGCCCCUUCAUUUGCUUUGCUUCUCAUUUUCAUAUUUGCUGGAGUCAUUAUAUGCAAGAAGUGUAACAGGUCAAAUGCGGCCCGUAUACCAUAACCAAAGAGUCUUUAGAAAAUCCUGCACUAUGGAGGAUUAUGAAGAUUAUUAAGCCAAUAUGGAAGAUCUCAACAUUAAUGGAAACGUCUAAUGAAAAUGCUCAAUAUCACCUGCAAAAUGUGCUCAAUAAAGUGUUUUAAACAGAAAAAAAUAGUCAACAUAUAUUUGAGUUAAUAUUAGAAAAUACUUUAUUAUGUCAUGGAAAAUAACAUCAAUAUUUGAACUCACAUGCUUUUAUAUUAGACUUAAUCUUACUUUGUCUGAUUUGUGUGGCAUCUGGAUCUCUCUUUGGUUUUUCAGUUCUAAUGAGCAAUUUGGCUAAGCAAACAACUUUGCACUUAAAGGGACAGUUCACACAAAAACUACAAUUCUGUCAUUAUUUACUCACUCUCAUGUUGUUUCAAACCUGUAUGAGUUUCUUUAUUCUGUUGAACACAAAGGAAGAUAUUUUGAUAAAUGAUGGUGAGCACACAGUUGCCGUACCAUUUGACGUUCACAGUAAUGAUGUUUCCUUCUGUAGUACAGUAUGGCCGUCAAUGGGUAUCGUCAAGUUUAUAGACCUUUUGCAUGUUUGCAAACAGAGAUGACGUUUUUUGUGGGCGGAGCCCAACUGGUGGCAGAAAGUGACUGCUCUGCAAUAGGGGUGUGAAGUGUUUUAGCCUUAAACUGUGAUUUUUAUGGAUCCGGUGUUCUGUAGAAGUCUGUUUCCUCUAUAUAUAUCUUAAGUGUUAUGUUUCUUAUAACGUUUUCACCAAGUUACGUUUAUUUUUUAAAUAAAUUAAAAGUUUAAA